AUGCUCGAAAACCGCAAGAUCGCCUGCUGUGGCGCACUUUACCUGGUGGACCAGCAUCAGAAUCCAGACCGACAAGUGACACGUCGGGAACAGACGAAGAUGAUUCGGAAGCAUCUUCGGACCCACGCUUACCUUGAUCGCAGCAAGAGGCCAAUCAGUGCCAAAGCAUUCCGGCGCAUCAGGGGGGACAUUGCCAGCGAGAAUGGCAUCUUCGCACAAGCUCUUGAAGACCGCUCUGCCGCUUUAUGGCGAGUGAAGAGUGAUGGCUUGCAACGCGAAAAGCUCGAGCUCUAUGGCUACGAAAGAGACUCCUUCGAUGCCUCGCGCCUCCCUCGCGCUACGCGUGAUACUACAGUCUCUAUCAGCGACUGCGAGAGCGAGGCUAUCGAGCACGAGCCUAUGCCUGGGCAUGUGCAGCAUGGUCCGAUCCGGAGAUCUGUACUUACUGUUCUCACGGACAUCGACGCCGUCAAAAAAGACUGUGACCACAAACAGUACAAAUACGCCGACAAGCAGAGUCGUAUCCGCGCUCUUCGGUUGCUCAUACAUGAGUACGCUCUCACAUACCGAAACAAAGAUCGCAUCUUGGGGCCGGUGACAGACAUUUAUCUCCUGGGUGCGGUGGAGAGUACCUUGGCUCAUGCGCAGGGCAAGUCGAAUAAGACUCGUACGGCCGAAGUCCUUUGGCGGACUGGCACAGAUCAUCUCAGCAAGUCGUGGCUCAGCGUCGCAGAGGUCAACGGGACUAACUUUGCAGAUGAACAAGAUUUGCCGAAACCUGGAACGACUCCUAAGGUUUCGCUCACUUGGGAGGUCGAUAAGAACUUGUCUGGACAUGGGCUCGAUGGGGUCGACCUCAGCCGGGACAGCCAGUCGUUCACCACGCCUGGUCCGUCCAAAAAGCGAAAGGCCCGCACCCAUUCGCUCGACAGGGGUGAAAGCUCUCGAUACAAGAGAGGCUCAGCAGCGACACCACUGCGAGAAGUGCAACGUCUGAGGCUACCGCCGACAUCAUACGCCGAGGCCAGCCAGAGUAGUGAAGACGAAGACCCGGGGAGUAACGAUAAGAAGAGCGAUCGCCUCAACGUGAAGCCCUCAUCUGGAAAUGACACCGCAGGCGCUCUCGCAGCUCUCAGCCGGUCUCUCCAGAUCGUCCUGCAAGACAUCGACCAGGUGGCCGCUCACCACGAGGAUCAAGACUACAAGUACGCGAGCAAGGCAAGCCGUCUACAGGCUUUGGAGUUGCUCAUUCGACAGUAUUCCUUGACCACAAAGAAUCCCGGAGAUCACACUCGCAUUGUGAAGCCGACUGCUCUUCAGCUAGACAGAUCAAUCGGCAAUACAUAUCGUUCGCAUGCCCUAACAGUUCGAGCUCCUGGGACCUCUGUUCGGGGUCUGUGGAACCAGGGCAGCGUGAUUCUGAAGCAGAGUCGGCUUGAUCGAAUGGAGCGGCAGGCAACGGACUUUGCAAAGAUUCGUGGGCUUCCGGCCUAUGGCGCGUUCCCGACAGUGUCGAGGAGACAGGAGGUGACGGAAGCUCUUCAGAAAUGGGAUGCUACGGUUGAACCCAGGGAUGCCACAGAAGUGACGGAGGCGCCAUCAGUGCAGGGCGCUGAUACAGCACUCAAUCUACAGUCACCCACCAACAGAAGUAUCGUCAGCGAACAGAAAGGUCCAGCUCACCAUGUUGAUAGUAAUGAACAACUGCCCGAGCGAGAGCAUGCCACACAACCGACCGCUUCAACCGCCAGUCUCAGUACACACCUCGAUCAGCUACUUGCGACAAUCCAGCGAAGCGUCACUACCACACUGCAAGACCUCCAGCUCUUCGCAAACCAACCCACACCCACCCCCAAAACCAGCAACAAGGCAAUGGACGAACUAUUCCAGCACUGCUGGGGCCCGCAAUGGCGCAACGUCUGCCCAGACUUGGGCAGGAACGACCUCCUCAGCGCCGCCAGCACCCUGAAAGCUCUGAUCUGCGCCUUCGUGCACCAUAAGCUUCUACACAAAGACCUGGCGUGGCCUAGAGAUAUUUGCCUUGAGCGAAUCAUCUUCGGGCUCACAUCCACGGACCCUUCCAAGACACAGCAAGCUCACCAGGACCUCCAAACUCUCUUCGCCCAGACUAUCGAGAACGCAGACGGCGCUCCACAACACCCGGUCAUCCGCGACUUCACGGCGGAGAACACUGCGGACCUCAAAGCUGUGCUUGAACCCUACUGCGAGUCCUUGCUGCUCCUGGCCACUGCGCUGAAAACAGACCUAGAGGUCGGCGAUGUAGCGGCGCUGCGGGAGGGGUCUACAGACCGUGCGGCGGAUAUUUGUGCCAGGGCGAUGGAUCUGAGGGUUGCUGCCAUGAAGGCUGCAGCUGAAUAUGAGUUUUUGUGGCCAGUGGUCGGGCAUGGUGGAUCGGUGCAGAGGGAGGGUGUCGAGGUUGUUGGGAGUGGAGAGGUUGCUGAGAUGGCGUAUACCAUGGCUCCUGGGCUUAGAGUCAGAUGCGAGAAGGGUGGGGAGAAUGGACGGUGA